GUUGGGGGGCCGGCUGGAGGGAGGUUCCGCCGGGCUCCCGGCUUCUCUGGCUCAGUGUCCCCUACUCUGGGGAUCUGUCCCGAGCGGUCGGCGAGCUCCAGUGUGAAGUGAUUUGGAGCUUCGGACAAACGAUUCUUAGGAUCCAUGCUGUCAGAAGUCCUGCUGGUGUCCGCUCCAGGGAAAGUCAUCCUUCACGGAGAGCAUGCUGUGGUUCAUGGCAAGGUAGCACUGGCUGUGGCCUUAAACUUGAGAACAUUCCUCCGGCUUCAGCCCCACAGCAAUGGGAAAGUGUGCCUCAACUUACCAAACAUUGGCGUCAAGCGGGCCUGGGAUGUGGCUGAGCUUCAGCUGCAGGAUACGAGCUUUCUGGAGCAGGGUGACGCCACAGCGCCCGCUGCAGAGCAAGUGGAGAAGCUCAAGGAGGUGGCUGGCAUCACCCAGGACGGCGCCAAUCCUGAGGGUCUGGCUGUGCUGGCCUUUCUCUACCUGUACUUGUCCAUCUGCCGGAAGCAGAGGGCCCUGCCCAGCCUGGACAUCACGGUGUGGUCACAGCUGCCCACUGGGGCCAGCCUGGGCUCCAGCGCCGCCUACUCUGCGUGUAUGGCUGCCGCUCUCCUGACCGCGUGUGAGGAGAUCCCAAACCCGCAGAAGGACGGGGUGUCCGCCAGCAGGUGGGCCGUGGAGGAUUUGGAACUAAUUAACAAGUGGGCCUUCCAGGGGGAGAAAAUAAUUCAUGGCAACCCAUCUGGAGUGGACAACGCUGUCAGCACCUGGGGAGGAGUGCUCCGGUUCCAACAAGGAAAGAUCUCCUUCCUAGAGAGGCCACCGCUUCUGAAGAUCCUGCUGACCAACACCAAAGUCCCUCGCAGCACAAAGACUCUUGUGGCCAGUGUCAGGAGCCGGCUGCUCAAGUUCCCAGAGAUCGUGACACCCCUGCUGACCUCCAUCAACGCGAUUUCACUGGAGUGCGAGCGGACGCUGGGGGAGAUGGCUGUGGCCCCGGCACCGGAGCACUACCUCGUGCUGGAAGAGCUCAUCGACAUGAACCAGCACCAUCUCAAUGCCCUUGGCGUAGGCCAUGCCUCACUGGACCAACUCUGCCGGGUGACCAUGGCCCAUGGACUGCACAGCAAGCUCACCGGCGGGGGCGGCGGUGGCUGUGGUAUCACGCUCCUCAGGCCAGAUCUGGAGCAGCCGGAGGUAGAGGCCGUGAAGCAGGCUCUGAAUGACUGCGGGUUUGACUGCUUGGAAACCAGCAUCGGGGUCCCCGGCAUCUCCGUCCACUCGGCUGCCUUCCUGGACCCCUCCGUGCGCCAAGCCCUGGAUGGUCUCUGAGAUGAACCUGUGCUGCUGCAGCCCCACCAAGAAGCCACUUCCUGGGGUAUUCUAGGUGCCAGAGUCAGCUUCUGUGCUGGCCAGUGGGCCCCAAGGCCCCCUACGCCGGCCUUCCCCGCGGCCACACCCCUCCAUUUCUAGCAGUGUGAUCUGGAACCAGCACUGGGCUGGGGUCCCUGGAAGACCCGGCCUGUGUCCUGCCUUCUCUUGAGCUGCCUAGGCAGUGGGGCCAUGUGGGGUCCUCUGUAAUGUGAGGGGAUCCUUCCUGUCCUCCCUGAAGCUCCCACACACCCAUCUGCUUUGGGCCGCUGCCACCUUCUCAAACCCUCUGUCCACUUGGUUGGACACUUGGAUGCAGUGUGCCUUCUCCCUCCCUCUGCCUUUACCCUUCCACCCGUCUCUCAGGGUUUGGUCCCUUCCACCUCCUCCGGGAAGCCUUCCCUGACCACCGCCAGGAUGACCCUGGUCCCACCUUCCUCCCUGCACACCCUGCCCUGUUUGAAUCCUUCAGCAUUUCGUGUGCUCUGUUCUUCUCUCCAGCUAGACCAUGGGCCCCCCAGCAGUUGUGUAGGUGGUGGUCUUUGCUUUCUGUCCUCCCAUCCCAGGGCUGGCUGAAGUCAUGGUUAAUGUACCCAGUUUCUGCCAGUCUGUACCCACAGGUUUUGCAGAAAAGAUGGCAGAAAGGAAAUAAAAAGCUCUUGAGUAAACCAGGGCUUCCCUGGGAGUCCAGAAAGAAGGGUGACCGUCGGAUAGAGUCU